GCCCAUGCGGGUAUAAUGUUUUGACUGAUGGACAAAAGUAAAACAAUGAUUUGUUGAAAUGGAUGAACCAGGGUGUCCAAGGUGUAAAACUACAAAAUACAGCAACCCAUCACUGAAGUUACUAGUAAAUAUUUGUGGCCACCCUUUGUGUGAGAGUUGUGUUGACUUGCUGUUUGUCAAAGGGUCUGGGAACUGCCCAGAAUGUGGCACGACUUUGCGACGUAUCAACUUCAGACUUCAGAUUUUUGAGGAUCCUGUGAUAGAAAAAGAGGUGGACAUCAGAAAGAGAGUCUUGAGGGACUUUAACAAGAAAGAAGAAGAUUUUGAAGACUUGAGAGCGUACAAUGAUUACUUGGAGAUGGUGGAGACAAUUAUAAACAACUUGGUGCAUGGCGUGGAGAUGGAGUCGACUCGUAAGAUGAUCGAUCAAUACAAGAAAGAAAACAAGGAGCAGAUCAAGAAAAACUUGUCCAAACUGAGUAAGGAUGAAGAGUAUCUAGAAAUGCUCAUAGAACAGGAGAGGGAAGAAUCGGUUCACCGGAAACAGAUCGCGGUCACCGAGCAGAAACUCGAAGUGAGCGCCAAGAAACGCAACAAGAAAGCUCUCAUUGAUGAACUGAUGUUUUCUGACUUGCCUGCAGAUGCAAUAUUGGCCAGCCAUCGUGACACAACCACAGCUAUUGAGGUAGAAUCAAGCAUUCCCAAAGACAAGGCCAUGCAUUUCUCCACUGGAAUCAAAAUUGGUCACCAAGACAGAUUUCUUCCCGUCCCGAAGGAGGAAGAGGUGUCUCAGUAUACGUACACUCCAUUUGAGCUUGAGAACUGUGGUCCACAUUUACCGUCCCUGGAGGAUAUUAUAGCUUGCGGGUAUUUAUCAAAUGUGCGGUCGUCAACGGAUUCGGAGCGGGGUGGUGGGUUUGAAGCGAGUAUUGCAUGUCAGCGUGCACUGCAGGAUGCGUUUAAUGGACUCUUCUUCUGUUCAGAUUUAGACAACUUACAAGAAGUACCAAUGGUCACAUAGCACAAUUAGACUUCUCAGUGACUGCACAUAGUGACUGAUUCCAGAACAUCACUGUCAUUUAAAUGACACAGACUGUGAUGACGCACAGGAUUUAUUUUAUGACAGGGAUCGUCUGUUUAAUUUUUGUUUUCAGGACAUUAUUUAAAGUAAUAAUAGUGUAAGGAGUAGAUUGAACAGUAAAUACCUCAGUGUUGCUUGGCAACUGUGAUGUGUGAUCUUCCCUUCCUGAAAGCAGAGAUCUGAAAGAUGUUAACAGCAUCUUAUUUCUUGAUUACUGAAUUGUUCUAUAAGUUUUGACGAUGUUAAGAGUUAAAACCUAAAAAAAUGUUUUACUUUUUUUUCUUUUCUUUUCUUUUUUCUUUUCUUUUUUCUUUUUUCUUUUCUUUUUUCUUUUUUUUACCCCAUGACUCCUGAUAAAAUGUUAUCAUAUGUACUCUUUUAAUUACUCUUUCCUUUUUUACACUUAGACCAAGCGUUAAAAUAAUAACGGACAACAAAUGUCUAUAGGUUAAAAUGGGCUGUCAUUAAGAACGGGUGGGGUUUUGUUUUGGUGGGUUUUUCGAACCACCCCCCCCCCACCCCCCCGAGUCACAGGUAAGGGAGCUAAGUGUGUUUUCUUGUACUUUACAAUGGUUAAGCCCCCUGCUUCAUGGUGCACUUCUGAAGAUCUACAAAGUACAAGAUAUGGUUGGUUCAGUAUGUUUAUAAUAGUGAAUCAAUCAAAAACAUUGACUGUAUAUUGAUGUAUGAAAACUGAAAUUACAAAACAUUGACUGUAUGUUGAUGUAUGAUGUAUGAGUAACUGAAAUUACAAAACAUUGACUGUUUAUAUUAUUUCUUCUGCAUUGUUGUUCUCAUUUUUGACAUUGAUAUAUCAUAUGUCACUGCUUAUGUUGUUUUCCAUUUGCCGAAAGUGUACAGUAAAUCUUUAUAUAAC